ACAGCUAUCCAUAAUUGCAGAUGUCCGCAUUGUAAUCAAUGUCCGAAUAAUUUCAAUGAUGAAAAGAGUUCACAGGAAUAUCACCGAUUUUGACAGGCACUUGUCAGCUAUAAUGGUCGAGUUUCCUGUAUACAGCCAUUUAAAUGCAGGGCAGUAAGUGCAACAUUUUACUUCCGUACGAUGGUAGGUGCCGUGGCGCUCCUCGCGCUCCUACCGGCUUUGGUCGCGGGUGCUGGUGAAGGCAACAUCAAAUUACUAGAAGAUGAAGUAGCAGUAGCUUUGAAAUCAUGCACGUAUCCUGACGACAUCACUAACUCCAAAGAACCGGCGAGCAAGGAACGUCAACGUCGAUCUGAGGACUCUUAUGAUGCUUCUCCCAGAAUAGACGACAAUGUGAAAGAAGGGAAUCGGUACAGCCACGAGAGACGAAUCAGCAACGACAGUGGCGACCAACUAAUGGUCAUCAACGCAACUGAUGACGAUUACAGUGGCUACGGAUCUGGAAAUAUGGGGGAGAAACUGCUGACAUCAGUACCACGCCCCGCGUCUCCGAAUAACAACAUAAACAAGAAUAAUACCAGUAGAACCAGACGAAACGAACCGCUUCUAAACCGCCCAGAUUCGGAUCAGUGUCUCAGUCAAUGUGUGUUCGCCAAUUUACAAGUGGUGGACAGCAGAGGAAUACCACGAGAAGCAGAAUUAUGGAACAAAGUGCAAUCUGCUGUGACGUCACAACAAUCCCGGUCUGCACUGCACGAUCAGAUACGAGCUUGUUUUCAGGAGUUGCAAUCAGAGGCUGAAGACAAUGGUUGCUCUUACUCCAAUAAGUUGGAGCGAUGCCUGAUGCUACGUUUCGCCGACCGCAAGGUUGACGGUAAAGGAAAUGCUAAGAAAUCUUCUAAGGAACAAACAUGAUGGACUGAUGAUUGAUG